CACCACCAACCCGAAAAGAGCCUCGAAGAGGGCCGGAAUCAAUUCUACGGGAAUAGAAUCAACUAUCCCCAACACCCCCCACCAAAAAUGUCCCUCCCCACCUCAAUCCCGACAAUAAUCCUCCACCGGGGCCUCCCCGGAACAGCAAAAUACACCUGGUCCCCCUUCGUCACGAAACUCGAAGCGCGCUUCCGCUUCGGCAAUCUCCCCUACCAAACCGCCACUGGAUCACCGCGCAGCGCACCAAAAGGAAAAGUACCCUACAUCACCAUCGACUCCGAUUCCAACUCCGAUUCCGAUCCCAGCCCAGCCAAGACUCUCUCCGACUCAACCCUCAUCACGAACUCCCUUAUCGAAGACGGUCUUCUCCCCGACCUAAACGGCCCUCUAGAUGCUCUAUCAAAAGUAACCGACUCUGGCAUCCGCGCCCUGUUGGAGGAUAAGUUGUAUUUCUUGCAGGGCCACGAAAAAUGGAUCCAGAACUACGCCGCCAUGCGCUCGCACAUCCUCGCCUCACUGCCCUACCCCGUGCAGGUGGUGGUCGGGUACAUGAUCUACCGGAAACAGGUGGCGACGCUGUACGGGCAAGGCGCGAUGCGGUUCUCAGAUGAGGAGCGUACGGCGAUGAAGAGGGAGGUUUGGGGCGAGAUUGGGGCGUUGUUGGCCGAGUCAAAGAUCAAAGCUACUUCUGCUGGUGCUGGAGGGGGUAAGGAUGGUGGUGGUGGUGAGAAAGGCCCAUUUUGGGUGCUUGGGGGGGAGGGCCCGACGGAGGCGGAUGCGUCAUUGUUUGGGUUUGUGGUUGGGGGGUUGGUUUGUUCUGCAUGUCCCGAAACGCAGGUGAUCGUGAGGGAAUUGCCGGUGGUGGUGGAGUAUGCGCGGAGGAUUCAUGACAGGUUUUUCCCGGAGUAUGAGCUGUGGGAUGGGGGGGUUUAAGGCUUAGGGAAGCUGGGCAGUGGUUUGGUGUGUGCGGAGGAUUUCAAUGCUGAUAUGGGCAUCAAGGGCGUAAGGGGAAUAUGAAUAUGGCUACGUAUUAGAUCUAUAGACGUGACAUUGUAUUGUUUUUAUGAAACAGG